ACUGAUAGGUUGUAUGUUUUGCCAUUAUUUCUUUAAAAUGUAAUGUUAUCCUCUUGGAAGAUCAGAGACUAUUUAUAUGAAGUGACUAAUAAGAAAUCAACACAAGUUAUCUUUUUUAGUUCCUAUGGUUUGGACAGGUAUUGAGCGGAAGCGAAACAUCUGCCUAUGAGGGAAAAUGGAGGGGUAACUUUUUGAAGUGACGCAUGCGUGUUUAUGCACACUUCGAAAUGUGGCGCGGAGACGGCAUAUUGUAAAUAAACGCGAGGACGUUGGAACCUUUGUCAUAAAUGAACAUAUGUACUGAUAAAUAAACGGAAAGGUGAAUUAAAAUGAAGCCCGUACGCGGUUCUAAUCGAAGAGCAAAAAAUGUACCCGACCUAAAAAAGAAGACUAAAACUACAAAUGUUGUCAAUUCAUCAACAGAACAUCCGGAUUCUCCACGCAGGGACGACGAUGACAGGCAAUCACCGAAGAAAAGAAAAGCUCCCCUUAAGGUCGGCGUUCGAGGAAACCUGAAGAAGAUCCGCAGGUCCUCCAUCAUUGCACUGGAGAACAUGAUGGACCUGGCCAUACUGUCAACUCUUGUUAUGGGACAGAGAGAGAAGAAGGAGAGCCAGGAACAUCUAAAUAUUCUAAAAAACAGGUUCCUAACUCAUUGUGCAGAGCUCCAAGUCCCAGUGAAGAAACAGGAAGAGCUCGGAAAUUCAUCACAGCGCCACCAGGUGGAGAAAAAGAAGUCAGCACUCGGGCAGCAGACUCUUAUCUCCCUGGAGAAAAACCUCCAAUCUGUGAUUAGUACACUGGAGAGCACAGAGGAGGAGGCUUCUUCCCUGCAAAGUGCAUGCAAUUCUCUGAGGGAGCGACUGGAAGAGGAGGAGGAGAACGCUAAGGAGAUCCUACAGAGAAGUCAUCAGUCAGUCCUCGGCCUCCCCUCUCACCCGCCAGGCACAGAUGAAUCAACAUUAGAGGCUCGCUUAAGACAACAAGUACCAGACACAGACCGUGACGUCACCGCUCGGGAACUGGGGAAAAUCUUGCAAAAGCCGAACACUGUUAAAAAUGCAAAAAUCCUGCUUACUCAAGCGCAUAUAAAUAUCUGAAUGAGCUGUGUCACGUCAAAGUCUUCCCCAUCAUAAGGCGAAUAGCUGCUUAA